AUGCUCCCUCCCUCCGACUCCCUCCGCCAUCAAUCCCACAAGCGCUCCGAAGCAACAGCAAACACCCAGCGCGAGGACCGCCGCCCCCCUCCACCCCCAUACUCCCCCUCCAUACGCCUCCCCCCGAGCAUAGAAGACUUCCUCCAUGGAGCAACCGACCUAGACGAAUACGACGAGGCCGACGAGGCCGACUCCCGCGCCCCGCGCAUCACAAUCCACAUCGACGCCUCAAUCACCAUCAUCGGCGACGCAAACACAGUCGUCAUCCCGCCCUCCAGCACAUCCUGUCCCACCGACCUCCCAGGCACGAGUUCGACUUCCGACCCGACGACCGCCCUCCAGGCCGUCCAGCGAGCGCGCCAGACGAAACUGUCCGACAUGGCGACGGCCAUCAUCGACGCCCUCGGACGCCGCGGGCUGCUCGAUCCAGACCGUGCGGGCUGUCCCGCGGCGCAGGCGUCGGUGGAGGUUAAGAUCACCCCCGGGAUUCGGGUGGAAGGGAACCGCAAUGCGGUUUGUGUGGGUGCUUUGCCACGGGCUCUUGGACGGAGGAGUAGCGCUGGUGCUGGGGAGCGGGAUGGAGGCCGAAAACGGCGGGCGUGUUCGGAGCCUGUUCAGCCGCCGGCGCCGAAAAGAGGUUGUUAG